CAAGUUUCUUCUGUUUAUCCUAUUGUUUCAAUAAACUGAUUUCAGUUCUUCCAUCUAAGAUUGGGUGUGAAUUCAACUUUUUGAGAGAGGCUGACGCAAUGGAUAGAAUUCGGCGUUUUCUCUACGAAAAUAACAAAAAGUCCCCAGUUAUUGUUCCCCGGGUGCUUCGAGAUAUUGUCACAAGGAGGGUCCUAAUGAUGGAAUAUAUUGAUGGAACCCCGAUCCUGAAGCUGGGUGAUGAAAUGUCAAAGAGAGGCAUAAGUCCAGAUGGUAAAGUUGCAGCAGUGGCAAAGCAGAAUAUUCUUAAAAGUUUGUCCCUGGCAUAUGGACAGAUGAUACUCAGGAGCGGUUUCUUUCAUGCAGAUCCACACCCUGGGAAUAUUCUAAUCUGUAGAGGUGCCGAGGUUGCAUUGCUGGAUUAUGGACAAGUUAAGGAUCUUCCAGAAAAUCUCAGGCUUGGAUAUGCUAAUCUCGUUCUUGCUAUUGCGGAUGGCGAUGCUACGAGGGCCAAAGAAAGCUUUAAGUGAGGAAUUUACCUACAAAUCUCCUGUUAUAUGUUCAAAAUUGGUUUUCUUUCCGGUGAAACGAAAUUGUGCAAAAUACUAAGGGAAGGACUCAAAACCUCUGAAUUAAAACCAUUCUUCCAACAGAGAAAGUGACUACAAUAAAUAGACAAGAAAAUAGCAGUUUAAGUUCUAGCUAGUCACAUUGAAAUAAAUUGAUAGUGGCAAUUAAAAACUAUUUUCACCCUUUAAAAUUUACUACCCAUAACUUGUAACUAAAAUAUCUUCUUUCAGUUUUGAAAAAGAAAAUAGGAUAAAUAUUAAGUGGGGGGAUGAAUCAUUGUCAUUGAAAUGUGAAAAUUCCUCAUCGGCGGGCAAGAUUGUUAAUGUCAAACACCCUUUUUCAUGUGGAAAAGAAAGCAGCAUUAGCAUUCUAUUUCUAUUCAAGUGUGAAGAAUGGAAAAUGGAGUUGAUUUCUU